CGAGAUAUUAGAUACGCGCACAGCCUCAUCCCUUCCAGAAGACCAUCCUUGCCGUUUCCGCUGUCGUUUCUUCCGUCAGACUUUUCUAUCCUUCAACAGACGACGACUGAUACCCUGAUCUAGAUAAAUCAGAACUGUGUCGCGACAUGCACUGCGGAUCUUCUUAGUGACCAUCAGGUACAAUAUCUUUCUCAAACACGGUUCAGGAGAAUGCGCUUCAAGAAUGGUAUGCGCCACUGGUCAUUCCAGCUCGGGAGGUACGGGACCACAUUGCCAAUGCUUGUAAGCUGCACAGCUUUACAGCGUGUUUCUUGUUCCUUGCGUGUGGAAUAUUUUGCUGUGGGUGUCGCCGUUGGCUUUCUAACAAAGACGAAUGUUGCAGGGCGCUGCGGUGGCGCGGACCUUAAGCAGUAUUUAACGCUGUAGAAAUUACAUUCGAUGCCACCAUCCUUCCGAUCCAUCUUCACAUUUCUGUUACUCCUUUACCUCGGAUUUACAUGGACACCCAGACCACCCUGGUCGAUACUCCAGCUGAUGUCCCUGCCAAUGUGCAGACCGUGCUCAACUUUUCCGAUGCCAUCACCAUGCUCUCUUCCGCGGACUUGUACGACGCUUCCAACGGCAAGGUUGCCUACUCCGUCGAUAAUCACAAAUCGUUCGCAUCAUCCAAGACUGUCAUCAAAGACGUCAGAGGCGGCAAAGACGAAAUCAUGGCCACCAUCUCCAAGAACGACGUGCUCCCAGACAGUGUUGCUUUUCCUGCACGCGAAGGCGUGAGGGGCAAAGAAGUGAAAGUCAAGGUAGAGAAGUGGAUGUGGGCGCCGAAGCAUAGGGAUUUCCCUAUGUCCUUCGAAGUCAAUGGUCAAGAGUACCAAUGGAUCGUCGGCGCGGGCAGGACUCUUCAGCUCGUCGAUCCUAAACAAGCCGACGCACCUUUGGCAUGGCAUGAGCCCAGCCCCAACGGGCCCAAGAAAGGCGGGCGUCUUUUGCUCACUCCCGCCGCAGAGACUGACCUGAUGCACAACGCUGUCAUUGUCUCAUGCGUUAUGGCUCUUCAGCGUUGGGCUGCUAGCAUACGCUUCGCGCAGUUCGGUACUGCCGUAGCAGCGGAACAGAUGUAUUCGACUACAUUCGGAAGGGAUGCAUGAGUAGUAUUCUC